AUGCCUUCACUAUACAAGUUGAUCUUGUUGUUCGUGUUGCCUCUUGCUUUGGCUGCCCCUGCGACCAAGAGAGCGGCUGGUCCGACUGUGACGAUUUCCAAGCCCGAGGCUACUAUCAUCGGUGCUGCCGGUGUGAGCAAAGUCGAGAACUUCAAUGGCAUACCAUAUGCAAUGGCCCCGACCGGGGCACUUCGCUUGAGACCUCCUCUGCCGAUUACAACGCCAUUGCACACUAUUCAUGCAGCAUCGGUCGCGAGAUCAUGUCCGCAGUUCUUUUUCAGUACCGAUGCAAGCAACCUCCCGGAAUCGAUUAUCGCCAAACUGAGCAAUAUCCCCAUCUUCCAAGAGAUCAGUAAUGCAGGUGAAGACUGUCUGACUUUGGAUGUCCGCCGUCCAGCCGGGACAAAACCCGACGCCAAACUACCAGUCCUGGUAUGGAUCUAUGGUGGAGGGUUCGAACAAGGUUCGACCGCAAGCUACGACGGCGGAAACUUUGUGGCUAGCUCAGUGGACCUGAAAAUGCCGGUCAUUUUUGUCGCCAUGAACUAUCGUCUCGGGGGAUUUGGAUUCCUGCCGGGCAAGGAAGUCUUGAAAGACGGUUCUGCCAAUCUUGGGCUUCUGGAUCAGCGCCUCGCUCUAGAGUGGGUGGCGGAUAACAUUGAAGCGUUUGGAGGAGAUCCCUCCAAGGUGACUAUCUGGGGAGAAUCGGCGGGAUCAAUCUCGGUCUUUGCUCAGAUGUCCAUGUACGACGGCAACAAUACGUACAAUGGCUCUCCCCUGUUUCAUGGGGCUAUCAUGGACUCGGGGAGCAUUGGACCCGCCAACCCAGUUGAUUGCGCCAAGGGUCAACAUGUAUACGACACUGUCGUAAAGGCAGCUGACUGUGCAGGCGCGAAAGACUCUCUUGAAUGUCUGCGUGGUCUGGAAUACGAGGACUUCCUCAAUGCCGCAACUUCAGUCCCAGGGAUUCUGGGCUAUAAUUCUGUUGCCGAAUCGUAUCUCAUCCGACCAGAUGGCACCGCUCUGACCGAAUCCGCCGACAAAUUAGCCGCCGAAGGCAAAUACGCCUCUGUGCCGUUCAUUGUCGGCGAUCAAGAGGACGAAGGAACCAUAUUCGCCCUGUACCAAUCCAACUUUACCACGACAGACGAUAUCGUGGACUACCUGGACAGUCUAUUCUUCGUCGACGCAAGCCACCAACAACUAACCGACUUCGUCGCCACAUAUCAAACCACCGACGAAGACGGCUCACCCUUCCGCACAGGCAGCUCAUACAACUGGUAUCCGCAGUUCAAGCGUCUUGCCGCCAUCCUCGGUGAUCUCUCAUUCACUCUGACCCGUCGAGUCUUCUUGAACUUUGCCAUCAAAGUCAAACCAGACAUUCCAUUCUGGUCAUACCUUUCCUCCUACAACCAUCAUACGCCUUUCUUGGGAACUUUCCAUGGAUCAGAUGUGAGCCAGGUCUUCCAGGGAGUUCAACCUAAUUAUGCAUCCAAAUCUCUGCACACUUAUUACCUCUCAUUCGUCUAUGAGCAGGACCCUAAUGCCAAAGCUGGGAAUUAUAUGGACUGGCCCCAGUGGGCUAGUAACCAGUCGUUGAUGAAUUUCUUUCAAAAUCAUGCUACUUUGCUGCCGGACGAUUUCCGAAAGGACAGUUAUGACUUUAUUGUUGCCAACCUGCCAGCAUUCCAUAUCUAG